AUGUCGACCGAGAAGAUCUGCGUUGCGCCACGACUGUGUCAGCAGAACGCGCAGAGGCCUAGUCUGCCGCACGGCCACACGGCCCGGAAGAGUCAACUGUCACGUUACUACUAUUUCGAUCAUGUGUUCGGGCCUCAGGCGAGUCAGGAAGAGGUCUACAGCCAAGUGGCCGAUCUCAUCAUCUCCUGCAUCGACGGCUACAACGUGGGCAUCAUGGCCUAUGGCCAGACGGGCAGCGGAAAGACCUACACGAUGCUGGGCGAUCACGAGGAGCCGGGCAUCAUUCGACGCGCUUUGCGCCAUCUCAUCGAGAUGACUCGAUCGCGUCCGAACUGGCGCUACCAACUGUCGAUGGGUGUGCUGGAGAUCUAUCAAGACGAGGCAUAUGACCUACUCUACGACGAGCCCGAUUGUCGGACUCCUGGAGGCGGGGCCGCCGGGCCUCUGUUCAUGCCCUGGUGCAGCUCCACGGCCAAUCUGGCGGACCGGUCACCGACACGUCUCGACCGACGACGUCCGUCUGUCCGGCUUCUCUCCACGCCCCAUGAGGGUCUCUUUAUCGGCAACCUGACGCAGCACAUGAUUACAACCGAAGCAGAAGCCCUGGCCAGCAUUGAGUUGGCCGAGCGACGACGCUUUGUCGGCGCCACGCAGAUGAACAUCUCCAGCUCCCGGUCACACUUGAUCACUUUGAUCCGCCUCGUCGGCACAAACGGCCUCCAACAGGCGACCACUCAGAGCAACUUGAUCCUCACCGAUUUGGCGGGCAGCGAGAAUUUGAGCAAAUUUCGCACGGCCGACCAACGCUUUCAGGAGUCGACCAGCAUCAACAAGUCACUCAGUUCACUGGGCCGCGUAUUUGAUAUGCUCCGGCGUCAACAGCGACCGACCUUUCGAGAGACCAAAUUGACGUAUCUGUUGCGACCGACCCUGUGCGGUGGGGCUAAAUGCCUCCUGGUGGUGACCCUUCGGGCAGAAACCGAGAAUUCUGAGGAAACGAUGCGCUCGAUCGCUUUCGGCCAGGGCGCA